AUGUCCUGCUACGACCUGUGCUCCGUCAGCGGCAUCAUGCGCCCCCAGCCCCUGGCUGACAGUGGGAACGAGCCCUGUGUGCGGCAGUGCCCUGACUCCACCACCGUCAUCCAGCCACCCCCUGUGGUGGUCACCUUCCCUGGCCCCAUCCUCAGCUCCUUCCCCCAGGAAUCCGUGGGGGGAUCUGUUGGAGCUCCUCUUGUUGGGGGCUCUGGGAGCCUCCUGGGCUAUGGAGGUUACGGCUCCCUGGGCUAUGGGAGCUCCUCCCUGGGCUAUGGG